UGGCUGGUGGCAUGCAGUUUAUUUUUGGCUGCACAUUCCCUGAGCCAGCACUAGCAGAGAUAGACUGUCAAGAUUCAGACAAGUGCUGGCGUGGAAACUUACUUGUGAUCUUUAAGACUUUUCCUCUUUCAAUUUCUUUUUAAAUAUUUAGCUUGUUAAUAAAUAAAUGACAUAGUCUAAUCUGGAAUUACUUGCUUUAAAUGAGGCCAUCCCACGGGUGAUGCGGCAAUACCAAUCCAUUCUUUGUGAAAAGCAAAUCAUCAUUGGUGUGUAAAUACAAAAUCAAAAAUGACACGUGAGGAGGAGCUACCUGACUGGGAAGGGGCCAAGGUGUUCUAUGAGAAAUAUCAACCAAAGGAAGUCCUUGGAAGAGGUGUAAGCAGUGUAGUGCGUCGCUGUGUACACAAGGGAACAGGCAAGGAGUAUGCUGUGAAAAUAAUAGACAUUACAGGUGUCCACUUGACAGCAGAUCAGAUUGAAGAAAUCCGAGAAGCAACUUACAAGGAAAUUGAUAUCCUGAAAAAGGUUUCUGGACACCCUAAUAUCAUUCAACUGAUUGACAGCUACGAGUCCCACACAUUCUUCUUCUUGGUGUUUGAUCUAAUGAAGAAGGGAGAACUUUUCGACUACCUUACAGAGAAGGUCACCCUGAGUGAAAAAGAAGCCAGGAAGAUCAUGCGAUCCUUACUAGAAGUGGUCCACUAUCUCCAUUCACAAAACAUUGUUCAUCGUGACCUAAAGCCGGAAAAUAUUCUGCUAGAUGACAAUAUGAACAUCAAGCUCACAGACUUUGGUUUCUCCUGCCAUCUAAAGUCAGAUGAGACCCUCAGAGAGGUGUGUGGGACACCUGGAUACCUAGCACCUGAAAUAAUACAAUGUUCCAUGGAUGAGUACCACCCCGGUUAUCGCCAUGAAGUUGAUAUGUGGAGCUGUGGUGUUAUCAUGUACACACUUUUGGCAGGAUCACCUCCCUUUUGGCACCGGAAACAGAUGCUGAUGCUGAGAAUGAUUGUGAGUGGAAACUACACGUUUGGCUCCCCAGAAUGGGAUGACUAUUCUGACACAGUGAAAGACUUGAUUUCAAGACUACUGGUGGUAAAUAAAGACCAGCGUUAUAGUGCAGAAGAAGCCUUGGCUCAUCCAUUCUUCCAGCAGUAUGUUGUAAAAGAAGUCCGUGUUUUCAGCCCAUACAGAAAAUUUAAGGUGAUCUGUGUGACUGUACUGGCAGCAGUGCGUAUAUACUACUAUUACCGGAGAGUGAAACCUGUCACAAGGGAAAUUAUAAUUCGUGACCCAUAUGCCCUCAAGCCUAUCCGUAAACUGAUAGAUGCUUGCGCAUUCCGAAUAUAUGGACACUGGGUAAAGAAGGGAGAGCAGCAGAACAGAGCUGCCUUGUUUGAAAAUACUCCAAAGGCAAUCCUGCUUUCUCUAGUUGCAAAUGAUGAAAUUAUGUGAUGUGUUGCAAGCCUUCAAUGGAAUUCUUCUUGUCACCUGUUUACUUUCACAUCUCCAGGGGAAAUAACUCAAGAAGCAAGAAUGAAUUUUGGUUCUACUCGGCAGGAAAACAACAGACAAGACAAGCAAUGUGAUCUCUUCCUUAAACUCUGUGUUAAAAUACACAGGACCUAUUGUCUUGGGCAGACACUUCUUAUACAAACACAAUUAUUUAUUCUUGAAUUUGUAUGACAUGAUACAGCCUUCUGUAACCAUCCAUCUUCAAAAAGCACAAAAAAACAUGGGGAGAAGUAAGGGGGUGCUUUAUUUAUUUUGUUUUGGAUAUUGUUUGUCUAUUAUAAUGUAUUUCUGUACCAGUAGUAAUUUUAGUUUUUACUGUUUAAUACUCCCUAACCUGUCACUGAAGAAUCCAUUAAUCACACGUGCCAUGGCAUAACAUAAAUUACAAUGACUAACUUCUUCUAUAAAGAAAAAAGCAAGUAUAUCUUUGUUUGGGAAAAGGAAGAGGUUUCAGUCUUCUAAAGCCACAAUGAUGCAAGAACCAUUUUUAAAAAGAACUCACAUAGGCUCAUCUGGCAAUAUUAUAUUCAUUUUUAAAUUGUAUUUAUUUAUUUAUUUAUUUACAUAUACUUCCAUAUUAACAGAUGUAGCUGGUAUGUGGUAGAUGUGAUUGCGUUAUUUCAUUUUCACUGUUUUGACUGGUCCUUGUUAUUAACCUAAGCGGGUCUCUAUUUUGUAGUGGAACUGUCAUUAUCUCAACAGCAGUCGGCUGUGAUAAUGUAUUUUGUCAGUAUAUUUCUGUGUUCUUUAAGUGUCUUUCUCUGUCCUUUCUUUUCUUAGAAUUUAGCAGAAAAGCUGCAAAGAAUGAAAAAAACACAUGUAUCAGUCAACUUCACACUAAAAUACAUAUAUUCCUUUUAAAAAUG